UGUGGUGAAAGUCUCAUGUACGUUCACUGUAUCCGGUCAUGGCGAUUGCCCGGUCACAGCAGGCGCUUUCCAUAUCCUUUAUCCUCAUUGAAGGGAUUUACUCUUGAGCACCUGAAAGUGUGGUAUGUCUGCACGCGCGCUGCAGCGGUCAGUUCUGCACGGACUGCUGUUGCAGGGAGUGGUGCGCCCUUUGGCACUGGAAGCUCCAACACACUGGGCUUGUUGUGCAGGUCACUGGUUGUGUCGUGCCUGUUGGUCCCCAGGAGGAGCUGGAAGAUCUUCAGGCGGACUUCUCCAGUUGCACCAGUGAUCGCCAUGCCUCAGGUAAAGACUCUCGACAUGGGCUCUGCCUUCAUCCAGACACAGCAGCUCAAUGCUGCCAUGGCUGACACCUUCCUGGAACACAUGUGCCUGCUGGACAUCGACUCCGAGCCCACCACCGCACGCAACACUGGCAUCAUCUGCACCAUUGGACCAGCCUCCCGUUCUGUGGAUAUGCUGAAGGAGAUGAUCAAGUCUGGAAUGAACAUUGCUCGUUUGAACUUCUCCCACGGCACACACGAGUACCAUGCACAGACAAUCAAGAACGUGCGUGAGGCAUGUGAGAGCUUCGAGCCCGGCAGUAUCCAAUACAGGCCCAUCGGCAUUGCCCUGGACACCAAGGGCCCAGAGAUCAGGACUGGUCUUAUCCAGGGAAGUGGCACAGCUGAGGUGGAGCUGAAGAAGGGCAACAUGAUCAAGAUAACCUUGGACGAUGCUUAUCAGGAGAACUGCGGGGAGGAGAUCCUCUGGCUCGACUACAAGAACAUUACCAAAGUGGUGGAAAUCGGUAGCAAGAUCUACAUUGACGAUGGACUCAUGUCCCUGCAGGUCAAGGAGAUUGGUUCUGAUUUCCUCAUGUGUGAGAUCGAGAACGGUGGCACCCUGGGCAGCAAGAAGGGAGUGAACCUCCCCGGUGCAGCUGUAGACCUGCCUGCUGUCUCAGAAAAGGACAUCCAGGACCUGCAGUUUGGCGUGGCGCACGGAGUCGACAUGGUCUUUGCCUCCUUCAUCCGCAAAGCAGCGGACGUACACGCUGUCAGAGCAGUGCUGGGAGAGAAAGGCAAAGAUAUUAAGAUUAUCAGCAAACUCGAGAACCACGAGGGUGUACGCAGAUUUGACGAGAUCAUGGAGGCCAGCGAUGGCAUCAUGGUUGCCCGUGGUGACCUGGGUAUCGAGAUCCCCACAGAAAAGGUCUUUCUAGCCCAGAAGAUGAUGAUCGGCCGCUGUAACAGAGCUGGCAAGCCCAUCACGUGUGCAACUCAGAUGUUGGAGAGCAUGAUCAAGAAGCCCAGGCCCACCCGUGCUGAGGGCAGUGACGUAGCAAAUGCCGUGUUGGAUGGAGCCGACUGCAUCAUGCUGAGCGGAGAGACUGCCAAGGGAGAUUACCCUCUGGAGGCAGUGCGCACACAGCACAUGAUUGCACGUGAAGCCGAGGCAGCCAUGUUCCACCGGCAGGUGUUUGAGGACCUGCGUCGUUCCACCCCACACUGCAAAGACCCCGCUGAGGCUAUUGCAAUUGGUGCUGUUGAGGCCUCUUUUAAGAGCUUAGCCUCUGCGAUGAUUGUGCUCACUGGCUCUGGAAGGUCCGCCCACCUGAUCUCCAGAUACAGGCCCCGUGCCCCCAUCCUCGCUGUGACCCGUAACGCCCAGACGGCUCGCCAAGCCCACCUGUACCGCGGCAUCUUCCCAGUUCUCUACACCAAGCCUGCUCACGAUGUGUGGGCGGAGGAUGUCGACAUGCGUGUCAACUUUGCCAUGGAUAUGGGCAAGGCCCGAGGCUUCUUCAAAGAGGGAGACGUUGUCAUCGUGUUGACCGGCUGGCGUCCAGGUUCCGGUUACACCAACACCAUGCGUGUGGUUCUGGUGGCCUGAACAGCCACCUGGGCUGCUCUGCUUUCUCCCUUCACCUUCAUCUAUCUUUCAUAGCUUUCCACCCCACACUCCUCUCCAGCUCACAAGCCCUACUCAUCCAACACCCAGGCUCACAGACUCAAAUCCUGAACAAAGAUCAUUUAGGCAGUAAUGCAAAUUCCAAAAUAAAGAGAGUAUAGCCUUCACGGCCAAAGAGCUGUUUUGGGUGGGAGUGGGAGCUGCAGUUCCAUAUUGUCUGUCCAUUCCUCACACAUCUAUUCUCUCAAUGAAACCAGUCUGCAGGGCCUCAGAUUAAUACACCCUGACCAGGAACUGCUGUAUUUAUUCACUCCAGAACUUGUAUUAUUAAAAGGUGAGCCAGUGGGAGAGUGAAUGCAUCUUGGUCUGUGUGCAUGCGCAUACUGGCUCUUGUUUAGGUGGAGUUGGCAGGUGGGCUGGGCCAAUCUUAGCAGAGCACCUUGAGUACUCUACCGGUUUUACUGAUCACACUCCUCUGCCGAUGUAACGAACAAACUUGUGGCAAAUGAAAUGGGAAGGGCUCCUCCUACAGUGCAGCCUUGGCGCCACCACUCCACCCAAACAGAUCCUUCUGUAGUGCUGUCUGUAUGAAGUGUCUUCUCUUAAAUCCAGCUAUCACUGUUUUUAAGUGUAUCUGUAAGUGUUGCACUCCUAACCUCCUCCAGGCAAUGUUACAUUCGUUAUUAUACUUGACUUUUGUGAAUGGUAAAGUUCUGUUUUGGGACAUCCAAUACUACUUAUAUUUUGUCUGACUAUAGAGAAAUGUUUUGGAUGUCCACCUUGGAGGUGUUUGAGCUAGUUACUGUGUUUGUGUUACUAGAUGUGUCCUUAAGCCUUUACAUUUAUUUGCAUUUGGUUCAUUUCAAGUUGGCACUUACUAAACAUCUAUGGUUAAAUUAAGUUGACUGAUACCAAUGAGCACUUUCGGGGGUUUUUUCAAAGGGGACCUGAUAAAAGGGUGACCCCCUGUCCCUCUCAUCCCCAGUGGGUGAGGGGUAGAGCCCCUCUGCUUGUCCUUCUUUUAUGUAGGUGACCUGCUGUAGCUGUCAUGUGUCUAACAUGCUUUUGAUUGUAACGCUAGAGUGUAAGAACUAACUCAAUGUAAAGGGGUAUUAUAAUGUUUAGCUGGUGUACUGAGCUGUCCUAAAAGACUGGAUUUCCAUCAAUAAAAGAGAUGAGCACCUACCUUAA